CAGCCACAAAUAAAUACCCUCAUUGGAAAGACCCAUUUGUGAUGGGUAAACAUCCCUUCCUGUCUGUCACAACCCCCGUGACUGCCCUGCAUGUGUUCAUGACCUCUGAAGGCCCAAAUUCAUGAAGCAGUAAACCCAGCAGAUCCCCAGCCCGCCUGCCUCAGGACCUCUGCUGAAGACAGGGAUGAAGAGGGUCUCCAGGGAGGCAGCGGGGGCCUUGCUGGCAGUUGGCUCAGGAGCCGGCUUACAGGAGGGCAGCUCUGCAGUGGGGAGGAGCGCCGUCCGGAGGAGACCAGGCCUCUGCAUGCCCCCCACUCUGCUUACCAUCCCUGCUCACACCCUCUUGGCCAAGGCUUUGUGCAGCAGAUUUAAUUUUCCAAAUGAAGAGGACAGAGUGAUAGAUGCAUUUUCCCCAGGCUGUCUCGGAAAGGUCGCUAAAUGUACACUGUUAGAAUUGCUGAGAUCUCCCCCCACUUUUGGUUUUUGCAGCAGCAAAAACUCUCUCUCCACUGCAACUUCUUUUAUCUCUCUCAGGCAGCCAGCUCCCUGGUCCCUUGUGCUGACUGUAGUACAGUGGCCAAGAGCUGAUACGAAGCCAGGGGUGACCGCAGGACGGUGGGCUCAGUGGGUUUCUCCACCUACCCCAGUCGCCAGGGCCCUGACGCACUCCCUCCUGCACCGUCAGCACAUCCAUGUGCACAGCUGGAAGGGUGCAUGGCCCACCUACCUUUGUCCAGACGGGUGGAAAUCUGAUGAUGCCAGCUUUUCCCUGCCGUGCCCCUGCCGCGAGCAGGCAUUGUGAACUGGCUGGUGUUCGCAGUCCCACGUGGUGUGGUCUCCAGCCCAACCCAUGGUGGAGACUGGAGACAGAGCAAUGAGUCCUGGUGGGGGGCACGUGGACAUGCCCCACAGGGGCCUCACUCAGGCUUAUAGGCAAGGUCCUGGGCACUGCGUGACGCAGCACUCACUGCUACAGCAAGCCCGCCUGGCUCUGUGCCAGGGCCCCUCUCCUGAUUCACACGUCGCAUUUUUACGCAGACCCUUCCUUCUUAAUAAAAGCUGACAGUUCUGUUGGCACCCAAGAACCCACACCGUGAAGACAGGGAGUGAGGGGCCUUUGUGCCCAAGCCCAGCACAGCUGUGUUCUGGGGUGCGUGAGAGGCAUGUUCGUGUCCGUGCGUUGCUGGUCUUCUGACACAGUUCCGAGGACAGGGAAAUUGCUGGGUGGCGGGGCUGUGAGGCUCGUAUGUGGAACUGCUGCAGAGUUCGCCGGCAGACGGAUCUGGAUAUAUGUUAUGUGUAAUUGUUAUGUGUAAUUUAAGAUAUGUCUGUUUGCCAUCGUCGUAAGAUUAUAUGUAAGACUCUUAAGGGAGAGGGAGAUGUACAUUCGCCAGGCUCCUGUGGACUUUGUUUGAGUCAUGAAAUUGAUUACUGUUGAUCCAGUGGUGUGAGAAGCUACACUCCAUGUGUCAUCACGCUUAUGACUCCUAAUGGAUUUUUAAGGCAAAAAAUGCCAGCCGACUCCAUCUUCACCCCCCGAUUCCUCGAGUCCAGCCUUUCUGUGCCAGUGCAUCCCUGAGCCACAAUGCUCUCGCCAUCGGGACCCGGCUGGGCCUGGAGUCUUGGGGCACAGUUACCAUGGAGCCCUCCUGGGUCAUUCUACAAAUGUGCUGAGUGCCAGCUGAAAGCCCCACAGGAGAUGGAGUGCCUUGGCCAAGCUUAAAGAGAAGAUUUUCUCAGGGUAUUUAUUAGUGUGUCCAGCAGGGUCAGGAAGCAGGGAUGGAAAGAUGCAUUCAGACUGUUAAUUUAUUAACAAGGCAAAUGGUUUUGUGUUUCUUGAUGACAAGCUAUUAAGUUUGGGACUUAUUUUCCCAUUUGAGAAGUUAUAUAUUUAAGAUAAGUUUCCUGCUUAAGUUGUGCCUUUCAGCUUCAACGAGUUUAAGGAGCACUAAGGGUAAUGAUACCAAUGAGGGUUGGUUUAUUAUCAAACCUGAAUAGCUGUGGUUUCUCCGAUAAAUGUUUUCUUCUACUGAACAUGGAGCCAUUAUUAAGAGUUGUAUGUUUUUUAUUAUGUACAUUUGUAUAUUUUUUUGCUUGUUUGAUGUUCUAUUUUUCUAAUAGUUUUCUUAGAGUUUCUUAAAGUUGUGAUACUAGAUUUAGAUUCCGAUGCUAACUGCAAAUCAGGUUGGUCUCUGCUGGGUCUCUCCUGCUUUUAUUUUCCUUUAAGGACAAGUGUAGUUGUCGUCCACCACCUUUCAAAACAUGUGAAACUGCCCUGCCCCCCCUUUUUGCUAACAACCCUGUGUACAUUGACAACUUCUUUUAUGUUGUAAAAUCAAACUAUUUUGUGGUACAUUAUCUCGCGCUUCCGCAAAUUCUAAUAAAUUCUGUGGCUUCCA